UGCUCCUGCACAAGAUGGCUCUCUGCUUUCACGCGCUUUGUUCGCAUGCCCUCGUGCCUGGACUCCAAGCCACGCUGCAACAGCGUUGUAGCCAAGCUAUCAGGUUAGGUACUUGACAAGUACAUAAAGGAGGUGUGGCGAUCGGCAUCUAGGAUCAGCUCUGGACGUUUGAGAUUGGCGCUGUGUUUCUCCGACUUGGACGCGCAGCAUGGCUUCUUCCCAUCUUUUCCAUGGCCUAUCUGGACUCUCGCCGGACGAGCAGGAAUUCGUCUCUCGUUUUGGACGAGGUCCAUCCGUUCCAGUACCUCACUCUACGGUGCAUGGAGCAUUCGAGAACGUCGUCGACUCGCACCCUUCAGCAAUUGCAGCCACGUUUGGGGGAAAGAGAAUCACCUAUGGAGAAUUAGACGCUGCUGCGAAUCGACUAGCGACUCAUCUCAUCGAUUCCGGCUUAAGACCGAAGGAGCGAGUAUGCAUCGUGGUAGAGCGAUCGAUCGAGAUGCUGGUAGGGAUUUUUGCGGUGCUGAAGGCCGGAUGUCAGUAUGUCCCUGUGGAUGGCAGCAUCUGCUCGGAACGAGCUUUGCACCACACUCUGAGGGAUACCGGCUCCCGAUUCGCAUUAUGCCUGCCGAAGUUUGAGGAGCAGGUCAGACGCCUCUCCGAGCAGGAAGUUUCUGUCGUCGCCUUAGGCACGGGUGUUGAGGACUUCUGCUCCAAGGAAAGGCCAGGGGCGCCUGUGUCAUCUUCAGACGGGGUGUACGCCAUCUACAUAUCGGGCACCACUGGCCAGCCGAAAGGCGUUGAUGUCUCGCAUGAGAAUGUGACGAAUGCAUUGUUGCUCCAGCCAGGAAAUCUCGGGAUCAAAGUGGGCACGAAGGUGGCGCACGUGAUGAAUGUUGCAUUUGAUAUGGGCGCCUGGGAAAUUCUCGCUUGUCUCGUCAAUGGCGGCACCCUGUGCCUCAGAGGAACGGACUGGACGGAAACACUAAGGGAGGUUGAUGUAUUUAUAUCUACACCUUCUAUUCUGUCUAAGUAUCAGCGAAAUCAGUUUCCAAAUAUCAAAACCGUAGUAACGGGCGGUGAGCCGUGUCCGCAGUCAUUGGCGGACGAGUGGGCGGACAACACUGUCUAUUAUAACAUCUGUGGUCCGACAGAGAUCACAAUCCUAAACUCGGCGCACAAACAUAUGCCAGGGGAACCACUUACCAUUGGGAGACCGCUACCAAACACGACUGUCUACAUUUUGGACGAAGAUGAGUUUCCAGUUCCAGUUGGGUCCAAAGGCACCAUGUGGGUUGGUGGCGCUGGCGUAUCACGGGGAUAUAUCAAUCUUCCGGAGCUCACCGCGACGCGGUUCAAGCGAGACAGAUUCCUCGACGAUGGCUCCGUGAUGUUCAAGACUGGCGACAUCGUCCAGUGGCGGGAAGAUGGUUCCUUGGAAAAGUUCGGCCGAUUGGAUGACCAAGUCAAGAUACAGGGAUUCCGGGUCGAACUUGAUGGUGUCACAGCAGUCGUUGAGAAAUUCCCGGGCAUAACCAGGGCGUGUUCCUCACUCAUCGACGGCGUACUGCACAGUUUUUACAGCACGACGACAUUCAUUGAUGAGCACGACCUAGAAUCGUUUGUUAGGCAUCAUCUCCCAUACUACUCGGUACCCGAAAAGUGGGUCUACGUUGCUGUUAUACCCUUGACACCCCACGGUAAGGUAGACAAACCACAGCUUGCCAGAUCAGCUCUACGUGCUGCUCGUACUUUUUCUACCAGGCGCAUUUCCACGUUCACAACAAAAGACCUCUACCGGCCCGCCCGGAUCAUCACACAUAUGGUGCAAGAUCCCGAGAAAGGAGGACCCAGUAUCAGUCCAGUCCUCGUAUCAAGCAAUCUUUCGGACUUCAACGUAUCGACAGCGAGCAUCGCGGAGAAGGCGGAGGUGGAGACCUUGCCAGCGAAAAAUGGUUUCCGUGGACAACGAUGGCUUCGACAUCGCGCCUUCAUCCUCUACAGGAGGUUCUUCUCUGUAGUGGUCAUUGCCAACCUAGCCGUUGCGUGCUUCAUCCUCUACCGAAGGAUCAAGUCAGACAGGUACAUGAUGGCGGACCUCGCCACCGCAACUGCAGCUAACCUCGCAGCGGCGGUACUGGUGCGCUCGGAGCCGGUGAUCAACCUCCUCUUCAGUGUCUUGUGCUCGGUGCCCACAUCCUUCCCUCUCGCAAUACGUCGUCAUUGCGCUAGAGUCUUUCACGUGGGUGGGAUCCACAGCGGCUGCGCCUGCGCGACUGUGAUGUGGCUUUCAUUCUUCACAAUUGGGGCUACACUCGAACAGUUGAAACCGGAGUGGAUCCGAUGCGUGGGUCUGGCUACAACAGUGAUGGCCUACCUCAUUUGGCCUAUCCUAAUUCUCAUCGCAUCGACGUCCUACCCUAGCUUCCGAGCUAAGCAUCACGAUGCCUGGGAAAUGACCCAUCGAUUUGGCGGCUGGACAGCGCUUCUCCUCCUCUGGGUUCUAACCUUCCUCGCUACGAAAGACCUCGCCUUCGGCAUCCCUGCCUCAGAGGCGUUCCUCCACUCUCCCCCCGUCUGGCUUGUCGCCGUCACCAUUGCAGCCGUCAUCUUCCCCUGGCUCUUCCUCCGCAGAGUGCCCGUCCGCUCCGAAGUCCUCUCCAGCCACGCCAUCCGCCUCUGGUUCGACCACGCGACCCCUGUCGUCGGCACCUCGGUGCGCCUGGCUGACCGCCCCCUCGUCGACUGGCACGGCUUCGCCACCAUCACCAACACCAACGGCAAGGGCUUCUCCCUCGUCGUCAGCAACGCCGGCGACUUCACCGCACGCACCAUCGAGCGCGCGCCAACCUCUAUUUGGAUCCGCGGCAUUCCCGCCUGCGGUAUCCUCCGCAUCGCCACGCUCUUCAAAUCCAUCGUGCUCGUUGCGACUGGCGCUGGCAUUGGCCCCUGUCUCGCCGUCAUUCUAGCCAAGAAGACGCCCUGCCGGAUCCUCUGGACGGCGCCGAACCCAGAAGAGACGUUUGGACAGGGCAUCGUGAACGCGGUGCUGGACACGGAUCCGAAGGCCAUUAUUCAUGAUACGCGCACGAUGGGGAAGCCGGAUAUGAGCUUGUUGGCGUAUCGGUUGUAUAAGGAGAGUGGGGCGGAGGCUGUUUGUGUUAUUAGUAAUAAAGGCUUUACGACGAGGAUCGUGUAUGCGAUGGAGUGUAGGGGGAUUCCAGCGUAUGGCGCGAUAUUUGACUCAUGAGUGGCUACAUGGCCCUGAGACGGGAGGCUGUGAAGUGGGGUUCGGAACUUGGAGCAUGCGGAAGAGUGGAGGUGGAGGAGUAAAGAAUGUGCUUAUGAUCCGGAUGA